AUGACCGAAACGGAGAGUGAGCCUUACAACGGCACAGAAAGAGAAAUCCUCGGGACGUACGACUCCAAAGCCCUCGCCAACCAAUCUGCAAAGACAUUCGCACGGUCAAGACAUGCAGAUUACUGGGACCACGAUGGAGAUGAAAUGGGUUAUACGAAGGAGACAGAAGAUGUGAAUGGGUGUCUUUCCAUUAGGGCAAGAGAUCCGGAGGGCAGCAGUGUUGUUGCUGAGGCGAAGGGCAAGGGUGUUGCUUAG